UCUGACGGUGUAAGAACCACAAUAGACUCAUCACCGCGUAAGAUGAUAGGGCUGUCCGUAAAUUUCUGGAACUAUCUGCCCACGUUCCAAAGCAACACCAUUUCUUGAAAAAAUCUAUAAAAACCAUCAAACACGAAGACACCGUCGUUAAGAUCCAAAAAGAAAAAGAAAAAGAAAAAAAAUGAUGAAGUCUUUGGUUUGUCUCUCGCUCAUCCUCCUCCCUCUCAUCGCCGUCGUGGAAGGCAAUCUCGGCGGGUGGAAGAAGAUCGACAACUUAUCGGAUCCGAACGUGGUUUCGCUCGCGAAGUAUGCGGUUGAUGAGCAUAACAAGCAAUCGAAAGCGAAUCUGGUGUUCGUGAAGAUAGUCGAGGGGAAGGAGCAAGUGAUCAGCGGGAAAAAGUACGAUCUGAAGAUUGCGGCGAAGGAUGGUGGUGGUGUGACGAAGAACUACGAGGCCGUGGUGGUGGAAAGGGUGUGGGCUCAUUACAGAAGCCUUGAGUCUUUCAAGGCAGUGUAGAUCUGAUUUGGAAUCUUGAUCUGAUAUCUAUCUAGGUUUCUAUGAUUUUGAGAUUUUGACAUUAUAUGUUGUUGUUUUUGUAAUAAAAAGUCUUCUUGAGAUUCAAUAAAAAGAUGUAUGUUACGAAAACUGUAAAUUUACAAAAAAAAAAAAGAUGUGUUACCACUUGGA